UUUAGGAAUUUUAAUAAUGGCAACCUUGACUGCAUCGCAGGCUACUUAUUUUUCUGACGGAUCUUCUACAAAUCCAGAUGUUGGCGCAGUUCGACCUAAAAAGCGCUCACGUAUAAAUGGACUUAGUGAACGCCCGCUUAAACGAAUAACUAGAUCUCAACUGACGAAACAACACACUACUGCCGAAAAAGUGCCUUCUAACAAAUCCACUGCGUUUGUCCAGUCACAACAAGGCGGUACUCAUCAGACCGGCCCUAAACGUGGAGCGCCUCGGGGUAAACCUAAACCUACUUCAUCUAGAUGUAAGCCAAAAGCUAAAACUACAACAGGUUCAAAGAAGCCCAAUAUUUUGAAAAACAACAAUAAAUCAAGCUACCAUAGAUGCCUUGAAUGUUCUUGUGUGGUUAAAUCAUUCAAAGUUCAUUUUGGUUUGACAAAACGGCGUCCUUGGUUUACUUGUAAUCAAUGUAAAUUCAAGACAAAAUGUAAAUGGUUAUCUGAUCGACACAAUUUACUUUCUUCUUGCAAUGCCACAAAUGUUGUUAGACGUCCAUUUGGAAGACUUCAAAAACCUUCAUCUUCAACUAAAUUACUUCAUUGCUCUUCUUGUAAAGUAUUCAGCUCAAUCUCUUUUCAAGAAUUAUAUGAACAUUUACCAAUGUGCAAAGGAUCUCAAAUGUUUACGACUAAAUCAGAAACUGAAAUUACUAAAGAAGAAUUGGAUGAAGUAGAACUUUUUUGUUCAAUCAACUUAUCUGGAGAAAAUAUUAAAUUGAAAAAUGAUUGUGAGACUGUUGAAGGGCAUAAAGAAGGAGAUAUGGAUACAAAGGAUGAAAUUAAAGAAUAUUUUUCUCAAUUUCUUCCUUUAUCUCGUCUCAAUAACAUCAAUCCAUUAAUGGUCAAACAUCUUUAUGAAAAUGAAAAUAAAAAUAAUGAGGGGAAUGGUGACGAUAAAUUGAAGAAAAUUAAGUUGGCUUUAAUUGGCGAAGAAAAAAUGAAAAAGCUUUAUUGA